AAAGGCCGGAGCCCUUGGCCCGUCGGCUGUGCUCCGCCGCCUCUCCGGGCCGCCUCCUCUGCCCAGACGCCCCCGGCUCUGCCCGCCACCGCCGCCGCCAUGCCCACCCACCGGCUGGUGAUCGUCCGCCACGGCGAGAGCACGUGGAACCAGGAGAACCGCUUCUGCGGCUGGUUCGACGCGGAGCUGAGCGACAAGGGGAAGGAGGAGGCGCAGCGGGGGGCCCAGGCCAUCAAGGAGGCCGGCAUGGAGUUCGACAUCUGCUACACGUCUGUGCUGAAGCGGGCCAUCCGCACCCUCUGGACCAUCCUGGAUGGCGUGGACCAGAUGUGGGUGCCCGUGGUGAGGUCCUGGCGCCUCAACGAGCGCCACUACGGCGGCCUCACGGGCCUCAACAAGGCCGAGACGGCCGCCAAGCACGGCGAGGAGCAGGUCAAGAUCUGGAGGCGCUCCUUCGACACCCCGCCCCCGCCCAUGGACGAGGGCCACCCCUACCACGCCGCCAUCAGCAAGGUGAGGGGG